CGCCCAUCGCCUCGGUGGUGCCGGCUGAGCCGCGAGGCGGGCGGAGCGCGCCGCUCUCCCGCCGCGGGACGGACGCGUGAGGGGCGCGGUGGGACCACCCCGCCCCGGGGGCCGCAUUGGCUGCGGGAGGGAGAUCGGCCCUCCCGGCCGGGGUAAGAAGACAGGGGAAAGGUGACGAAGGGCGGGCGGCGCGCGGCUCUGACUGCUCCUGUCCCGCAGCCCCGGCGGCCAGGCCGAGCGAGAGCCUCCCCGGAGGGACCGCAAAUGAAGUGCGAGAACUGCACCAAAAAGGAAUGCAGUAAAAAACAGAAAAAUGACGAUGCGCAAAGUACGUCGGUGGAUGUGCUGAGUCCUAACGAUGACUUUGAGGAGAAAAAUGAGUUUUUUACAUUGGCUAAUGCUAAAAUACUCCUUAGCGACUGCCUAGCGUGUGACAAUUGCAUGACAUCAGAAGAAGGAGCCAGAGUUUUCCAACAGAAUCAGAAGGAGUUCUUUCGCGUACUCAACCUUAAUAAGAAGUGUGAUACCUCAAAACACAAAGUGUUGGCAGUGUCUAUAUGCCCUCAGUCAUUGCCUUAUUUUGCUGCUAAGUUCAGUCUCUCUGUGAAUGAUGCAGCCAAGAGACUCUGUGGUUUCCUCAAAAGUCUCGGGGUGCAUUAUGUAUUUGACACCACUAUAGCUGCUGAUUUCAGUAUCCUGGAGAGCCAGAGGGAGUUUGUGCAGCGGUAUCAACGGAGGAGCCAGGAGGAGCAUGCCUUACCCAUGUUUGCCUCUGCUUGCCCUGGUUGGAUCCGGUAUGCAGAAAGGGUUCUUACCAACCUCGUGACCCCCCACAUUUGCACUGCAAAGUCUCCACAGCAGAUCAUGGGCUCCCUGGUAAAGGGCUAUUUUGCCAGGCAGCAGAAUUUGUCUCCAGAAAAAAUCUUCCAUGUAGUUGUGGCACCUUGUUAUGACAAAAAACUGGAAGCCUUGAGGGAGGACUUCUACACUGCCUUGUACAACUCCCAAGAAGUUGAUUGUGUUCUAACAUCAGGUGAAAUUGUCCAAAUAAUGGAGCAGAAAAAUGUGUCUAUGAAAGAUGUGACUGAAGUAGCUGUAGAUACUUUGUUUGGAGAGAUGAAGGAGGGCGAUGUGGUAAGGCAUGAUGGGAAGAGAUCCGAUGGGUACCUGGAGCACAUCUUUAAACAUGCUGCAAAGGAGCUUUUUGGCAUGGAUGUCAAAGAAAUCACCUACAGAGCAUUAAAGAACAAAGACUUUCAGGAAGUUACCCUUGAAAAGGAUGGUGAGACAGUGCUGCGUUUUGCAGCAGCUUAUGGCUUUCGGAAUAUCCAAAACAUGGUUCUGAAGUUGAAGAAAGGAAAGUUUUUAUACCAUUUUGUAGAAGUCCUCGCCUGCCCAGGAGGGUGCCUAAAUGGAAAAGGCCAGACACAAACUGAAGAUGGAAAACCAGAUAAAGCACUGCUUAGCCAGAUGGAGGAUGUCUAUGCUGCAAUACCUGUCAGACUUCCAGAAGCCAACGCGUACGUACAAAAGAUGUACCAGGACUGGCUGGAAGGCAUGGAUUCCAGGAAGGUCCAGGAAGCUUUGCACACCAAAUACAGUGCAGUAAAUCAAACAGCAAGCAACUUAGAUAUCAAAUGGUAACAAAUCAAACUUCCCAAAUAUUUGCUUAAAUUAGUUACAGAUUGAGCACUGGAAACAUUCUAUGCAAUCGCAGACGCUAUGCACUAGCCAAGUGUACAGAUGAGAUGCUUUCCAAAUUGUGGAUCGUUUGCCAUGAAGAACCAUUGCUUUUUGCAAACAAAACCAGAAGCCUCCAAGAGCCCUGGCUCCUGCUGGGUUCCUGCCAUUGUCUGUAAGCUCUUACUGCUUGUUGUCUCCUGUGUAUAAUGGAUUUCUUCAUUCAAGAAUGUGAUCUUGCAAGGUACACGAGCACUUUCUGCCAGGUGCAGGGAGUGUAAUGCUGAGAUACUCCAGAUUGAGGCUUCCCACUACUUCACAAACUGGGUUUUUGCAGGCGACAUCACCUUCUCCUACUCCACAGUGUGCAGUUUUCUUCUUGGGGGAACAGUCAUCACGAAUUACUAUAUUAUUCCAAUUGUUAUUUAUUAACUUGGGAUUUACUUGUCGUCUUGUUAAAAUAACUCCACAACUUGGACAAGUGUGUAUAUGGAGAGAUGUAAGGAAUUUAUACAUGCCUUCUGUCUGUAUUUGAGCAAAUGCUUUUCAGUUCCAAACUAGUCACUGUUCCUUACUGGUAAAACCUUUUGUAGGGAACAAGAUACUUCAUAUAGACUGAACACGAGAAAUUAAUGUUAAGUGGUUGUAAUGCAAUCCUUCCCAUAAAAAUACUUGCAAAUUGGUUGGUACAGAAAGAACUUUUCCUCUUAAGCUUUCUUAUAAACUUGCAGCUAGAAAGAAUGAUGCUGCUUACCUGCAGUUCUUUAUGGAAGCAAAAUGUGCAGAUGUGCUGCCAUGUGAGCACGUGCACAACAGCUUUGUUAGAUCUGCUGAGCCAGGUUUACAGCACUUCCAUCUCAUCUUUCACUACACAGAACCACAUUAUUCCUUUUAAUUUGUCUCCACGAUGGACUUCUGUGAGAGUAACUUCAUGGAGUGCUUCUGGAAAACUACUUAGCAGUGCUUGUGAGGUCAAAUUGUUAUGCAUUGGCAUCAUUAAUUUUGGUGUCCUUAUUUUUUAGGUGUGCCAUUUUUGGUAUGCUUUUUAUUUAGCAAACGUCUUAAAGUGGUAUCUGUGUGCAAACACUUCUGCAGCUUCACAGAGAUCGGAGUUGUUCUGUCCACCAUAAUCUUGAACAUCAACCUAUUGCCAAACAUCUGCAGAUUAUCCUAAUAGCAUCAAAUUUGUUCCUGAUUAAUGGAUUAUUAUUAUUUUUAGCUAGCAAAGUUUCAGAUUGUUUUCUAGUCUGAAAAUACAGCUUGGAUUUUUUUCAGUUGUUUCAGGAAGUGUUUGAAUGCAUCUUGCAAAUUUCCAUGCUGUGCAGCUGCUUCUGUGCAUCACUUCCAGUACUGCAAAAACCUGUGUCUGUUUGCAAUCAGCAUUUGACUUGAACGCAGUGGAUGUGAUAAAGGCAGCAGUAGAGGCAGUGCAGGUGUUUGCAGUGGCAGAACAGAGGCUCAAGCACAGAGUCCUGAGUUCCCCUGAUGCACAUGAAUUGGAUUACUGCUCUACCUGAAGGCACACAAUGAGAUUAUUCCUGUAAAUCAGCCUUUGUAAGUUGUUCCUUGUUUCAAUAAAAACCUUAUUCUUAUGUGGUGCAAUAUCAGGACAUCUACAGAAAUCUACCUCUGUACAGGAAGGGAGUCCAGAAGCAUGGGAAGACCCAGGCAUAGCCAAAAUCUCCAUAAAUGCUGAGGCCAGAUGGUGGUGUUGCAUAGAAGUCUGAACAGCCUGCUUCUGGAAGCAACACCUCACCCACUCAGUCUCCUUUUCUUUCUGUCACGAUUUCCUCCAAGAACUUCCCUAGAAAGAAAUAACUUGUAACAAAGUGGUCUCGUUCUGUUUGUACAGGCAUACGUUUCUAUGUAUAUAUGGUUUAUAGCUUGAUGGCAUGUUUAAAUUAUAUUGCUUCCAUCUUUGUAUAGCGUGCUUAUUUUUUAUGUGCGUGUACUGGACAAAAUGGUACGAUAGCAUUGUUUGCUUUUCUGAUGAAACCUUCAUUAAAUUUCAAAAGCGCUGCCUUUCAAUUCUGAAAGGUACCCUUGGAUUGUUUGCACAACCUGAGCCACUGCUGUCCCUGUUCUCUGCCUGCCGCCCUGCUGUGACCCCAGGAGCAGCGCAGUGCCUGCAGUCAGCCUGGCUGCGCUGCUCUGCAAAGCGAGCACGUGGCUCAGCUCAACCAAAAGCCAACCCUUUCCAGUUGAAUCCACCCCCCGUUUCUUCCCUCUACUUAGCGUUGUAAUGCACUGAGAUAGCAGUGUGAAGACCCAGUAGCAAAUGUCUCCUGCAGCCUUUUGAAGGCGACAGAGGUGUUGAGCUGCGCUGCUUCUAGUGGCGAGUUGGAAUGUAUGUGUUAUAACAGUGAUGUCUGAUACUUGUCCUUUUUGUUUUGUAAGACUUGGAGUAAAACUGAUUUUAAAUUUUUAGAACUCUUCUUUAAUGUGCCAGUUGGGCUUUUUUUUUAAUGACCUUUUAACAUUAAUUAGCCUUUGCCCUUCUACCUUCUUUCAGUGAGAUUUUAACAUAUAUUAGACAGCCUUGUUGCAGCUUUGCCUAUAGUGGAACACUUGCCUGAGACUCGAUUCUGGCUGUUAAGUCCACGUUUGCCAUGUCUGUCAUUGCUGAUGAUACAUAGUUUUAGCUACAGUUUCUGAAGCUACAGCAUCACUUAGAUCUGAUCAUUUUUUUGGUAAAUAAUAAUAAUCUUCAUUGCUGCUGCUUUUCAGUAGCGAGGGAACAGCUGGUGGCAGCCGUAGUGCUGUACUUCUCAGUUGAAUGUUGUGCUGAGACGAUCUGCCUCCAGGUGAUUUUUAGAAAGUACAAUGAAGGGAUGGGGGGAGGGUAACUGGAAAUGCUAAAUUUCAAUUUGGAAGCUGCCUUAAGGUAUUACUGACUUGAACACAUGGAGCGGUAGGUACCUUGGGCUACGCAGUACCUGGUGCUGAGACUGCUCCUAGGGGCUGUAAAGUAAUUUUGCUCUGCCUUUUCCAGUAAGUUUGCCUGAGCCACAGAGCCUUGUGUUGGUUUAUCCACUGCAGGUAGAGGGAGAGAAACAGAGUGACAAACACGUUUGUAUGUAGCAGUCUCAACUGGAUUAUAUCUGGAUAAUAAUGUUCAGUUACUGAAACCGCAGUGCUUUGUGUUCAAAUGGAGCAUGACCAUGAAUCGUCCUAAUAAAUCUUGAUACUGGAUCAUGAA